AUGGUCGUCCAGAAACAGCGCCGGCCGAGGUUAAUCCUCCUCCUGGCAACAGCACUCCUCCUCCAGGGGGUCCUCGCUGCCCACAAAAAUAACUCUCCUUCCUCCUCUUUCUCCUCCUCACUUGCCUCCUCUUCCAACACCAUCACCGCCAACAACAACAACAACAACAACAACAACAAUCUCGACAUUGACGAAUCAUUUCAGCUAAAGGCCAAGAAGGAGCACAAGAAGAUCGCGGGUGUGGAUCUGGACGCGGCGGCAGAGGCGAUCGAGAAGGCUGUCGGGCCUAGAGCGAUGGCUGCUGCCAAGAAGAAGGCCGAUAAGUUUCUUGCCGACCAUAAGAAGAAGAAAGGCGACAAGAAGGAUAAGAGCGACGACAAGAAGAAGAAGAAGGCAGCGGUGGCUGCGAAGAAGAACAAGGGUGAUGACGAGGAAGAAGAGGAGGAGGAUAUCGCGAUCAGCAGCACCAACAACGAGGAGGAAGAGGAAAACGACAUCCCGAUGAACAUAGAAGACGUCCAGGACUACCUCUCAGACAUGUGGGAGGACAUCAAGGACCUCGGCAACGACGCGGCCAUCCAGGACCAGCUCCAGAGCUUGAAAGAGAGUGACGGAAUCCAGGCACAGAUUGCGCAACUCCAAAGUUUGGGAGAUGAUAACCCGGAGAUUCUGGAUAGGAUUGAGAAGUUGCGGGAGGGAUUGGAUCCGGAAGUGAGGGAGGGGAUUGGGAGGGUUGAGGAGGGUGUUAGGAAGGCGGCCAAGCAGUUGGGGAAGCGGCAUGUUUGGCACCAGAAGGACGUGCAGAGGCAUGAGGGUCGUCUUGAGGAUAGCGAGGCGACGGGGGAGGAUGGGUUCGAGACCGACGUCAGUGAUGCGGGUGAUGAAGCCGAGAUGAAGAGCCAGGCCGCAGCCAAGAAGAACAGAAAGCACCAGCAUCAAAAAGGGGGGCUACAUGAGGAGGCAGAGGCGGUCGGUGGUGGCCAAAAGAACAAGAAGCACGACCGCGACUUCAAUAAGCCUACGAAGCAACAUAGACACGGAAAGCAUGGGCAGAGAGGAGCCAAGAAGGGCGGUACUCGAAAGACGAAGAACAACGGAAAGGGCAAGAAGCAUCUUCGAGUCGCUAAGAAGUAUGCAGUUAGGAGGAAAGGGAAAGGAGGUACGAUCCGUGAUGGUCACCCCGGUACUCCUCCAGUCGUUGUACCUGAGCCUGUCGCCGUCCCCACAUCCGCCUCUGCUCCUGUCAAGAACAAUGGGCGGAGACCCGACGGUCAUCGUCACCGCCAUCAUCACCAUCGGAAGCAGCGUGGAGGUAACCAUAAGGGCCGUCAACACCCUAGAGCUAGUAACGGUAGUGGUCUAGGCGCAACCCUUCCUGGCGACGAGACAAAGGGUCCCAAUCCUCCAGUCCACACGGUGCCCACCCCUCCAUCAAUCACUCUCCCUAUCGAAGUUCCUCUGAAGGACGCCUCACCCACAGAGUCAACCGUCCCAAAGCCCCAAGAACCACCAUCAUCACCAGCUCCAGAGACUCCUAAGGAGCCCGUCGUCGACGAUACAACAUUCCCUCUAGUCGAUACUCCAACUCCUCCUUCCAAGCCCAUCACCAAGGCCGAGAACCCUGCUGAGACUAUUGUCCAGACUGUUUUCCCUACCGAACAACCGCCCCAACAGCAACAACCAGAGGCACCCAAGGACGAGGAAAAACAACAGAACAAGGACAGGGAAGUCCAGCAGCUCCCACCCAAACCCGAAGAGAUUUCCCCUCCAGCUCCAGUUCAGGAAAAGCAGCAGCCUGGUGAUAUUGUCGUUGUAACCUCAGAGCCAGAUCUCCAAGAGAAACACCACCAUCAACCUGCAUAUGUCAAGGACUUACAGCGACUGCCCUACCCUGUUGACCACCAACUGCCUCGUGUCCCGGGAACUAGUAACAAUGGUGACGCUCAAACUCCCAUGGCUGCUCCAGUAUUGGAGCCAGAGCAAAAGGAAGUGCCCAAGGUUAAGGAACCCGCUCCUGCUUCACAGCCUCCAGGUACCGCCCCCAAGUCAUCCGAUUCUGUCCCAGCUUCAGAGCCUUUUCAUGAAUCCGACCCAGCGGAAGUAGUCGCGGCGCCCUCGUCGCCAAUCGCGAUCCCGGAUCUUCCGACCACUCCUCCUCGCACCCCUGCUUCAGCAAACGACAAGAAGCCUCUCGAAGAAGACGACGGCGAGGACGGUGAGGACGACAAGGUUGAAGACCAUAAAGACGGUGGUGAAUGGGGCGAGGAUGACGAUGAGGAUGAAGAGGUCGGAGGAGGCGCUGCUGUCAAGACCGAGAAGGAUGCUGCAGCCGCAGGCGUGGGUGUCGGACUUCAUAAGCGUCAGAUCCUUGCUAUCAGAGUCUUUGGUGUCAAGGGAGGAGUUGUCGACAACAAGGCGGCGGCGGCUAAGAACGAUCCGCAGCAGCAGCAGCAGCAGAGGAGGGAGAAGGAGGGGUCCAAAGUCGAGAAAGAGGACAAGAAGGCGCAACGACAGGAGUCGACUGGGGCGGCGGUGGAGCCGAUUGCCAAGGCUGAAGAGACGAAGAAGGAUAAGGCGCAGGUUGUUGAAGCCAAUAUGGCCAAGGACGGCGACAACAAGCAUGUUAAGGACGACAAUCACCAACAGCAACAGCAGCGACAAAAAGACCAGCAGAAGAAAAAGGAGGUUGUUGUUGAGGCACAGGCGGAUAAGAAGCAGCAGCAACGGAAGGAGGUUGAGCAGCGGAAGGAGGACGAUGAUGACUUUGUGGAAAAGGAAAAGGCGGAUAUCAGAAAUGAGGACGAUAUCACCAACCCUAGACCGGCCAAGAACAACGAUGGCGCCGCCAAUUUCGAGUAUGAUGGUGGCCAGAAGGGCAAGAAGAACAAGAAGAACAAGAAGGGCCGCGAGAAGAAGAAAAACCGCCAGGACGAUAACGAGAACGUGGGUCAGGGCCAGAACAACAUCGUUGACGUCACUGUUAAUAAGGAUCAGAAUGCGGCGGCAGCGGUGAAUCCGUUUGAGGUCGGGGCGACCAAGGUCAAGAAGGCUCACAAGAAACACAAGAACCAUCACAACCAGGACCAAAUCCCGAACACCUUUCAAGCCGAUCCCCUCCCGGCUGCCGUCGACCCUUUUGCAAUCAAGAACAACGGUGGUGCUGUUUACAAGAAGGGUACCAAGGCCAAGGAUACCGAUGUCCAACAACAGCAGGACGACAAGUCCAAGAACGAGAAGCCCAACUCUGCACCACCUUCCAACAACAACAACAACAACAAGGAUCCCAAGGCCAUCGCAGGCACGCCAUCAGUUCCCAUGUCGAGUGAAGGGCCCGCCGACAGGGAAGCGCCCAACAGCCCUGCAAACUCCGGUCCUGCAGGAGUAGGACCAAUAACGCCACCAAAGGAAGGAAAGGACGCCACGGCUAUCGGUGGAGGAGGAAAUGGGUAUGGAACGGUGCCGAUGUUUGGACCUGCACAACUCGAUCUCGGAUCUGGUGGCGUGGCAUCUUCGCGUUUAAUGAUUGGUGGUCAGUGGGUUGCUUCACUUUCAGUGGCUGUUCUCGCGACCGUCUUCAUGUAUCUUUGA